AUAUACAUAUAAAGACACCUCACAAUCCACUCAUUCUUUAGCUCCACUUUGCACUGUACUUGGUUGGCCUUUUGGAAAAAACCUAAGCAGAGAUCAGAGCUAGAAAUUCUUUUGCAUUUUGGGAAUCUAACACAUUUGGGUCUGAUGCAGGUUUGGUACUGUUUUCGGAGUUUGUGACAUUGCAGUAGUGGAUUAUGGGAGACAAAUUAGGACAGAUAAAAGUGACUGUUAUAAAAGGAAGACGUUUGGUGAUUCGGGACUUCAAGACAAGUGAUCCUUAUGUCAUUCUUAAGCUUGGAAAUCAGACUGCCAAAACCAAAGUCAUAAAUAGCUGCCUUAAUCCUGUUUGGAAUGAAGAAUUCUGUUUCACUAUCUCUGAGCCGGCUGAGGUUCUCAAAUUGGAAGUGUUUGAUAAAGACCAUUUCAAAGCAGACGACGAAAUGGGAACUGCUUAUCUCAGUCUUCAGCCUUUGGUUGCAGCUGCUAGAUUGAGAACGAUUCUCGGGGUUGCUUCUGAGGGGACAACAUUAAGGAAGGUUAUCCCGAAUAAAGACAACUGCCUAGCAAUCGAUAGCAGCAUUAGUUGGGUGAAUGGUGAAGUUGUGCAAGAUGUUUGGUUAAGGCUUUGUGAUGUGGAGUCUGGAGACAUAGAGUUGAAGAUCAAAUUGAGCGAUCUUUCCUGCGUUGUUCCAGCCUCCGCGUAGAAUGGUUAUCAGUGACAUCGAUGCAGGUCUCGUUUGAGCUAUAUACGUCUUGUUGUAGUCGGAAAAAGACGUCUAGUAGAAGAAGCGCCUAUGUUUGACAUUUUUCGAUUGGAACUCAAACAAAUGAUAUUUGUAGAUUUUGAUCAAGUAUGUGCAUAAUUCAAAUUGGAGUGAUUUAAGAGGUGGAAGGGGGAUUUUUGUAGUAUUUGUUUUUAUCAGUUUAAUAUCCGACACACAUCUUCAUUUCCC